AUGGCAGAUCCAAUAGGCAUUGCUUCUGGGGUAUUACAAUUGACGCUGUUUGCCUUUAAAUCAACUACUAUUCUCUACCAGUUAGUCGACAGCUUUCGCAGCAACCAGAGGAAUGUGCGCGAGCUUAAGGAAGAGCUCAGAGCCCUUAACGAAGUCUUACAGUCUCUUCAAGAGACUUCGGUCAGCACGGAUGUUGAUUUUACAGCGCUUAAGCUUCCUCUCCUCCGAUGCGGCAAGGCUUGCAAGGAAUUCGAAGCGGUGAUUCUCAGCUGUGCAGAGCAUUCUAGUGGCCCCAGGACGAGUUUUAGGGACUGGGCAAAGUUAAAGUACCUGGGAGGCGAUAUCGCUGGAUUUAAAAACAUGCUAGCGGGGUAUAAGUCUACCAUUUCUAUUGCGCUCGGCAACGCAAACAUGCGUACGGCUGCUAUUACCAUCAAAGUGCUCAAAGAAUACAAAGAAAUGAUCUCAAAUACGACUGCCGACCUCGAAGAGCACCUCCAAAGUAUUGACAAUAGACUACGGAUCAUCUCAGAAGGCACGGGAAUUUCCAAUGCAGAUACGGACGAGCGGCAACAAAUACAGGAGGAGAGAACCAGCACUAAACAGUGCCUUGAUAUCUGCACCAAAAUCUUGAUUCAAAUAGAUGAACUCCAGCCCAACGCCUUUAUAAACCUUUCGUCUGCUCAUCAUCCACCCGUCACCACGCUUAGUGGUCUUACCUCGGCUCAACAACUCACUGCCACUACCUUUAAGGCAUGCAAAGAGAAACUCACCGAUACAACCACUCAUCUCGAAAGGCAACUCCGAGAUAUCAACAAUCGACUAAACCGAUUCUCCUUGCAACCGACAGACCUAUCGAACGAGCAGGCUGCUGAGCGAGAAAUAAUGCAAGAAGAGAGGGACGCCAUCCGACAAAGCUUAGACAUUUGCGUUGAUGCCUCUAAGCAAGCAAACCAAGAUCAUGCCAAUGUUUACGAGGAUAUAUCCCUAGUGGAUGAUGGCCAGCAAGUGAUCAUCUCAACGGUGGGAGCUCUGAUCGCAGCAAGGCGCGUCACAGCUGGAUCCAGAUCGUUCCAAGUGUUUGGACAGCUGUCUGAUGAAUCCUUCCAGCAACUGUCGCGUCAUAUCGGUACUGAGAAAGACAUAGAACCUCGGACGAGAGUAGAGCCAGAAUUUGAGGGCCGCUAUGGAACGGGAGUCAAGCUUAGCGGACAAACCUUGAAGGGCGUCGGAACCCCACCCAAAUAG